GCGACUUCCUUACGAGAGAUCGAAAGUGUGGCGUUUGAACCUGUGGCUGAAAAACUAAGGUUUCAGCUUUAUUUAAACCUCAAAGUUAACCUCAUGUAGUCAGUUUUAAAACUCUAGUUUUGUUAUUAACUGAAAAUACCAACAGACUCAGACUUUUAGAACAAACUAAGAGUCAGAUCAGCAGAAACAAAACACGGAAAUGUUUCCUGUAACUGCGUCGCUCUGCUCGACUUUGCUGUUUGUCGGUGUCUUCGUGUUUGUCUCUGCAGAACAAAAAACCAUCACAGCUGAGUCUGGACAGGACGUCACUCUGACAUGUCGAGCUCCAAAUAAAAACAUCAUAGGUGUAGAGUGGAACAGAGCUGACCUGGAAGAUGAAUAUGUGCUUUUUUAUAGAGAUGAACAAUUUGAUCCAGUUAACCAGCAUCCAUCUUUUAAGAACCGGGUGGAUCUGCAGGACAGACAGAUGAAGGAUGGAGACGUGUCUCUGAUUCUGAAGAAUGUGACAAUUAAUGAUAAUGGAACAUACGAAUGUUGUGUCUUCAUGAGAGGAACAAACAUAAGGAAGAGAGCUAAUCUGGGUGGUGACCCCAUCAGCAGCAUCUACCUGAGUGUUGUUGAUGCUCCAGGUGAGUGAGUAGA